AAAAAAUUCCCUCAUACAGAAUGACCGUGGCGAGUUUACCAGAUGCUCUCACGUGACUCCUAUUCUAUACCAACAUCUCUUUCCUGUGAAUUUUACCACGGCCCUUCUCUUGUUUCCUGGCUGGCGCUUGUCAUGCUGGCGCGAGCCGUUUUCUUCCUCCUUGUCCUCCUGCACACGCUGGUGCAGGUUCAAGGCCAGUACGAGUCGUGCAAGUCACUCCUCGCCACGGAUGAGGGCUCAGUGUGGGAGCAGCAUGCAUGCCAACCCAAGCCCCAGUCAAUGAAGGAGUUCAUGCGCAUACAUGUGGAACCACCGGGCAUCACGUGCGGCAACCCACCCGAGAGAUUCUGUACGCUGGAGAACCCAUACCUGUGCAGCGAUGAGUGUGACGCGUCUAACCCAGACCUGGCGCACCCACCCCAGUUAAUGCAGGACCGUGAGCGUGGUGGCCUUGUCACGUAUUGGCAGACUCAGACGUGGCGUCGCUACCCUGAGCCGUUGCUGGCUAACAUCACACUGUCAUGGAACAAGAGCCUGGAGCUGACUGGUGAUAUUGAGAUAAGCUUCGUGUACGGUCGACCUACGGCCAUGGCGCUGGAGAAGUCGCUGGACUACGGGCACACGUGGCAGCCGUACCAGUUCUACGCUGAUGACUGCCUGGAGGUGUUCGGAAUGCCGUCACAGCGGGCACGUGACCUCACGGCAUCCAACGCGACGCGCGUCAUCUGCACCGAACUCUAUUCCCGUUGGGUGGGUGCCAAAGGUGAUAAGGUGGUGCGCUUUGAGGCACGGACCCGCUUCACCAUCUUUGCUGGGCACCGGCUGCACGACAUGGACAGUCUACGGGCUCGUUUUGAGAGCAACAAGGGCCUGCGCGACUUCUUUACCUUCACCGACCUGCGUCUGCGUCUGCUCAAGCCAGCGCUCGGAGGAACCUACGUGCAGAGGGACAACCUGCUGAAGUACUUCUACGCUAUUUCCAACAUAGAGGUGCCCUCCAGGUGUAAGUGUAACCUGCACGCAUCACAGUGCACGCUGCUGGACGGGAAUCUGCAGUGUGUGUGCGAGCACAACACCACAGGCCAGGACUGCCAGCGCUGCAAAAAAGGCUUCAAAGCCAAAAUCUGGAAAGCAGGAUCAUACCUGCCAACGCCUACUGGCACACCUAACACCUGUGCUCAGGCUGGAACUUCCUCUGGGUCCAACUGUGAGUGUCACGGCCACUCCAACCGCUGCAGUUACAUCGACUACCUGAACAUCGUCACGUGUGUGAGCUGUAAGCACAACACGCGUGGCCAAAACUGCCAGCACUGCCGCAUGGGCUACUACAGGAAUUCCUCCGUUGAGCUGGAUGACGAGAGCGUGUGUGUGGAGUGCGUCUGUAACCAGUUGGGUUCGCUACAUGACCGCUGUAAUGGCACUGGAUUCUGCCAGUGUAAAGAAGGCACGAUGGGAACCAAGUGUGAUGAAUGUUUGCCCGGUUACUACUGGAAGCAGGGCUGCCAACCAAACGUGUGUGACGAGGAGCUGCUGAUGUGCCAGAACGGCGGCACAUGCCACCAGAACCAGCGCUGCAUCUGCCCACAUGAAUUUAAAGGUGUCCUAUGCCAGCACUCACGCUGCGAAGACGGGAAGAAGUGCGACCACAGGGACCACAAUGGCGCCUCUGUGCCCGCUCUGAGCCUGGCACUGCUGGUGCUGUGCCCGCUCCUCACCCUCCUGCUGGGUUCUGCAGUGCUGCGUCCUGAAACAGUGCCCGUCUUUCUCCCACCGUCACACACAUCGACACACACCUGUGAUGGCGCACUGGCCAUUACUCUGCUGUGCACCCUCAAGGAACCUAGGACUUCCUGGACAUAGAAAUAGGAAAGAUAAAUGACUCUAGAUGAGAGAUUUGUAAUAUAUAUAUAUAUAUUUUUUUUCCUUCUCCUUUU